GGCGCGGGGACACGUGCGGAGCCAUGGCGCGGGAGGGCGCGGGGCUCUUCGCCGCGUUCCGGGUGCUCGGCCGCUUCAGCGGGCACGUCCCGCACGUCCUGCGCUACCACGGCCGCCACCGCCAAUUCUACCUGGCCGUCGCCGUCGGGAGCAGCGUCCACACCUACAAUGUGAAGAAGCUUGGUAUUGUUGCUGUGAGUAAUACUUUGCCACAAGACAUCACAUGUUUGGCAGCAGAUCGCAUGUUAAUAUUUGCUUCAUAUGACAAUGUUCUCCAAGCUUUUGCCAGGAACAAAGAGGUGGUUCAUACCUAUGAAGGCCACAAGGCAAGGAUACACCUUCUACAGCCUUUUGGUGAUCAUGUCAUCUCUGUGGAUGUUGAUAAUGUUCUUAUUGUUUGGAAUAUACAGUCAGAAGAAGAGUAUCUUCGAAUAGAUUUUGACAAAGCCACUUUUGCAGUUUCUGCACUUCUGCAUCCCAGCACCUAUCUGAAUAAAAUUCUCCUCGGGAGCGAACAAGGAACCUUGCAGCUAUGGAAUAUAAGAUCCAACAAACUCUUGUACUCGUUUCCAGGAUGGGGUUUAGCAGUCACAACUCUAGAACAAGCUCCAGCAGUGGAUGUUGUUGCUGUUGGCCUUGUAUCUGGUCAUAUCAUAGUACAUAAUAUUAAGUUUGAUGAAACUCUGAUGAAGUUUCAACAGGACUGGGGUCCCAUCACAGCAAUAUCUUUUCGUACAGAUGGACACCCAGUAAUGGCAGCUGGUAGCCCAGUUGGACACAUUGCUUUGUGGGAUCUAGAAGAGAAGAAACUGAUGUGUCAGAUGCAAGAUGCCCAUUCCACAGCAAUAGCUGGCAUGACAUUUGUCCCUGGGGAGCCACUUCUUAUUACUAAUGGUGCUGAUAAUGCUCUACGGGUUUGGAUUUUUGAUGGACCUGGUGGUAUAGGUCGAGUAUUGAGAAGCCGAAUGGGACACAGUGCGCCGCCAACAAAAAUCAGAUAUCAUGGGCAAAAUGGAGAGCAAAUUCUUAGUGCAGGUCAAGAUGGAACAUUGCAAUCUUUUUCAACAGUGCAUGAAAAGUUCAAUAAAAGCCUAGGACGUGGUUCAAUUAAUAAAAAGAAAUCAAAAAAGAAAGGCCUUAAGCUGGAUACGAUGGCACUUCCACCGAUUACAGCCUUUGCUUCAGAAGUGGCACAUCAGAGUGACUGGGAUGGUAUUGUUGCCUGCCAUCAAGGGUAUAUAACAUGUACAACCUGGAACUAUCAGAAAACCUCCAUGGGAGCUCACAAACUGAGGCCAGAAGAAUUUAGCAAACACAAACCUGUUGACAUAUAUGCAACAGCAGUUGACAUUACAUCAUGUGGUAACUUCGCUGUAAUUGGGAUGUCAACUGGACAGGUAGAUGUGUAUAACAUGCAGUCUGGCAUUCACAGAGGGCGUUAUGGUGAGGAAACAGCACAUGAAGGGGCAAUUAGAGGGGUAGCAGUGGAUGGAUUGAACCAGCUGGUAAUCACAGCUGGUAGUGAAGGAUUAAUUAAAAUUUGGAAAUUCAAAAUGAAAGAUCUGGUUUAUUCCACUGAACUUUCUUCUUCUCCAAGUGGAAUUCUGCUUCACAGAGACAGUGGUAUUUUGGGAAUUGCCUUUGAUGACUUCACUAUUAGUGCUUUGGAUAUAGAAACCAGGAAGAUUGUCAGGAGAUUCUCAGGACACCAUGGACGAAUUAAUGACAUGACUUUCAGUCCUGAUGGUCGUUGGCUGAUAACUUCAUCAAUGGAUUGUUCCAUUAAGACUUGGGACCUUCCUUCUGGAUGUCUCAUAGAUUGUUUUUUGGUAGACUCUGCAGCUGUGAGCCUUACUAUGUCCCCUACAGGAGAUUUCCUGGCUUCAGCACACGUGGAUGAUCUUGGAAUUUAUUUGUGGUCAAACCGUUCUUUGUAUUCACUUGUGUCAUUACGGCCCCUUCCUGCAGAUUAUGAACCAUCUUUGGUGACACUCCCCAGCACCUGCCCCAUGCAAGAUAUGGAUGUGUCAGGAGAUGAAGAGGCAUGUGAUGAAAUGAUAGAAUAUGUCUCACCUGAGCAACUGGGAGAGCAGCUGGUGACCCUUUCCUUGUUACCGGAAUCAAGGUGGAAAAAUCUCCUCAAUCUUGAUAUUAUCAAGAAAAAAAACAAACCAAGAGAGCCACCAAAAGUUCCAAAGACGGCACCUUUCUUCAUCCCAACACUUCCUGGUCUCAUACCCCGCUACAUUCCACCAGAGGAGGAAAAUGAUACACAGUCAAAGGUGGUAAAUCUUGGGGUACUGGCGCAGAAAUCUGAUUUCUACAUUCAUCUUGAAGAAGCCCUGAGCAGCAACGAAUAUAAAGUUCCACUUGACUUACUGAAAAGCUUGGGGCCAUCUAAUAUUGAGGUAGAACUGCGGGGUUUGGCCCCUGAAGGGGGUGGCUCAAUGGAAGUGAUGCUGAGCUUUCUGAAAAUGAUUGGAAUGAUGCUGAACAAGAAGUACAACUUCGAACUCGCUCAGGCGUACCUGGCGCUAUUUUUAAAGUUACAUCUUAAGAUUCUCUCAUCAGAGCCAAAACUCUUGGAAGAAUUAUCCAGAUUGUCAGUGCAACUUGGGGAAACUUGGAUUCACUUGAGGGCACUCUUCAAUCAGAGCCUGUGUAUUUUAACAUAUAUGAAAAGUGCUUUGCUGUAAAAUACUUCAGGGUUUUGUCUGCAUAAGAUUUCCCUCAGAGUAAUAGUACAAUUUAUAACCAAAAAUACCGAAUUCCAAAAAUCAUACUGGGUCUUGGAUCAUAGAAUCAUUAAGGUCGGAAAAGACCUCCAAGACAUCAAGACAGCCUUCUAAUAGCUACCACCCUGUCCCCUAAGCCAUAUCACUAAGUGCCAGACUGGUUUGUUUUUUUUUUAAUACUUCCAGGGAUGGUGAUUCCACCAUCCUAUUCCAGUGCUUCUUCUGGUGCUGUAUUUUAUACAUCUACAUAUGGCAGAUAUUUUAAAACAUGCAGAACUGCCUAUUUUUGUUCACUUCAGUUGGAGAAAAGAUUUCUGUGUGCAGCUGAAGUAUUUGUUGUGUUGGUCUGUUCUGUCAAUGGACAGACAUUUGGAUUCAAGGCCCUGAGCAACCUGGCCUUGUGGAAGGUGCCCCUACCCAUGGCAGGGGAUUGAAAGUACAUGAUCUUUAAAGUUCCUUCCAACCCAAGCCUUUCAAUGAUUCUCUGAUUCUAUGGCUACAUAAAAUGUAGUUCACAAUGAAGAAAUGACUCGUGGGGAAAAAGAGUAGUGGGGAUGCAACUUCUGUGCAGGAGACCAAAAACUGUAUUGUUCUUAAUAAAGUCAUUGUUGAUGCAAAAAUAAAACAAAAGGUCUGAAUUGUUAACACUUUAUUAACAUUAGUUUAAAGCAAAUUAAUCCAAAAAUUGUGUUCAUCUGCAAUUAGAGCACUUUUCUUAAGAUGUUUGUAAAAAUCAGUUGUCUUCCCUCUUUUGCUGACAUCUGUUUCUGAAGGCGAAGACUUCCAGCUGCACUAAAAAUGAUUGAAUGUCACAGCACAGCUGGUCUGUAGCUGGUUAUAUAAAUUUAGCAAUAAAUACAAAACUUAAUUUGGCUUGCCUAGUUCAUUCUAGAAAAGGAAUAAACUGGUCCUCGGGUGAGCAAUGAUAGGAUAGAUUUGAACUCAAACUGGGCACCCCAGCCAAUCCCAUUCCAUCCUGAAUGCAGACAUAACAUUAGCCAAGGAGCUGGGCAGUGCAAAGACCCCAGCCACUCAAUUGUCCAAGUGCAGGCAUUGUGAACCCCCUAUAAAAGGGGGCUCUGAACAAUAAACCCUGCUAUUUGUCACGCAACCAUCAGUGAUUUCUGUUGGACCUGGCUCCAGCCUAGGACUGUGACAUAAGAAUUGAACUUCAGAAGAAUCCUAAAAAGCCAAGUACCAAACUAAACAAACAAAAACAGCGUUUUGGGAGGCAGUUUCAUAUAGAAAUUGUUUCUUUUCUUAAGGAGGAAAGAUUACUGGAAAUAAAGCUGUGUUUUGAGGAAUUUUAAAUUAAAUCAGAUGGGAUUUUUUACAAAUUGAGAUUUAGGUUUCAGACCAUAAGGUUUGGGCAUUGUCUGGGACCUCAUGAGUGAAAUUAUCUUUAACUUUGCUGUUUGAGAGUACUUCCUCCCAGCAGAAGAAUCUCCUGAACAAGGCUUUUGCUCUAUUUCACACGCUCAAGCUACUUACACAGACCAAGAGAGUAAUUAAUACAGAUACAUGCAACUUCAAUGAGUGAACUUAAAAGGUGAUUCAUUGCAUUUGAUAGAAGACUGAAGCAAUAAUAAGGGUCAGUUGUACUGUAUAGCUGUUGUUUUCUUUAAUGCCAUCACAUUGUAGAAUCCCUUUUAGGCAUGUGUACUGGAACAAAUUAUCUGCUGCCGUAGAAUCAUACAACAAAAGAAGGGAUUGGGUUGAAAGGGACCAUAAAGAUCAUCCACUUGCAACCCCCUACUAUGGGCAGGAACACUUUCCACUAGCCCAGGUGGCUCAGGGCCCCUUCUAACCUGACUGGACACUUCCAGGGAUGGGGCAUCCACAGCUUCUCCUGGUAACCUUUUAUGGUAUCUCACAAGGUCACAAGGGAGAAUUUCCUGUUAAUAUCCAAUCUGAACCUACUGUCCUUGAGUCUAAAGCCAUCAUGUCCACAUGAGGUUUCUAAUGAAGUUUGCUACUGAGAUUCAAGAAAAUCCUUUGUACCACAGAAUUAUUAAUUUCUGGUGAUACGGUUUUUGACAACCCAUUGCUCCCAAUUUAUUGGAUUGAUCUGAAGUUGUCCAAAAUCCCUUAAAUGUCAGUGUAAUAUAUAAUGAACCUCUCAGCUUGCAGGCAUUACUGUAACUCCUUUGGAAGAUCUUACAGAAUAAUUUAUUGAAAAAAGACAAAAUGUUCAAAGGUUAAUAAGGCAGUAUUUGCAGACCUGCCUCAGUGGAAGAAGGAAGAGUGGAUAAAGAGCUUUCAUCUUGGAUCAGAGGAAGGGUCUGCCAAGCCCACUAUUCUGUCUCCAGCUGGAGGAGGAGAUGUAUUACAGCAGCCUGGUUGUGUAUAAAGUGAUCCUUUCUCAAGCAUAUCACAGCACCUUUCAGCAGACAGCAAUUACAUACUCUCUGGCCCAGCUGACAGUUGUGUUUAAUGUUUUGUGACAGACCUUUUGUUCUCUGUGACUUCAUCUAAUCUCUUUUAGAACCCAUUUAUCCUUCACAACAUCCUGUAAUAAUGGGGCCUACAAUUUAAUUAACGAGAAUAAUGUAUUUCUGUUUAUAUACUCCAGACCUGCUAUCUUCUAAUGUUGUAUGCCCCUCCUUGAAUGUGAGAAAUACAGUUGUGCUCUAGUCUUCAUGCUUCACUGAUUUUGCCUUAGAGCAGUGGUGAAAGGGUUUCUCUUCAUGAAAGACAUACUUUAUUUUGCUGAGUACAUGUCUGCUUUUUCACUGACAUCUCUUAGGGGGUUAGGUGUCUUUCCUUUUUGUUCUGUCUCACCUGUGGAAUUUUUGCCCAUUAGUGGCAAGGAGAUCUGCUGGUACUUGUUGGGUGCUUGAGAAACACAAAGAGUUCGACUGGGCCCAGUG